AUGUCGAAGCCAAACAUCCUCUUCGUCCUCACCUCGCACAACAAACUCGGCGACACAGGCAAACCCACAGGCUGGUACCUCCCCGAGCUCGCGCACCCCUACCACGUCCUCCACAACAAAGCCAACAUCACCGUCGCCUCGCCCAAGGGCGGCGAAGCACCCCUUGACCCCUCCUCCGUCGAAGCCGCCAAAGACGACGUCUCCGUCACCUUCCUCAAAAACGACGAGGCCGUCUGGAAAACCACCAAGAAGCUCUCCGACUUCAUCGGCAAAGCCAGCGAGUUCGACGCUAUUUUCUACGUCGGCGGCCACGGCCCCAUGUUCGAUCUCGCCGACGACGCCACGUCGCAGCAGCUCAUCCGCGAGUUCUGGGAGGCCGGCAAGAUUGUCUCGGCUGUGUGUCAUGCACCCGCCGUACUCUACAAUGUCAAGUUGAGUGAUGGAAGCUUGCUGGUUGCGGGUAAGGAAGUUACGGCGUUUACGAAUGCGGAGGAGGAGCAGGUCGGAUUGACCAAGGCAGUGCCGUUUUUGCCAGAGGAUGCGCUGCAGAAGGCGAGUGGCGGCAAGUUUGUCAAGGCACCGGAGCCGUGGGGGGAGAAGGUGGUUGUGUCCGGCAAGUUGAUUACUGGGCAGAAUCCUGCGAGUGCGACGGGUGUGGGUGAGGCGCUUGCUAAGGCGUUGGGUAUCUAG